AUGGCGCAGCCGAGCAUGCUGGCGCAGCAGCCGAUGCAGGCGAAGCUGGUGCUGCUGGGGGACAUGGGCGCGGGGAAGUCGAGUUUGGUGAUUCGGUUCGUGAAGGGGCAGUUCUUCGACUACCACGAGAGCACAAUCGGGGCGGCCUUCCUCACCAAGACCAUGCCCGAGCACGGGAUGAAGCUAGAGAUCUGGGACACGGCGGGCCAGGAACGGUACCACUCGCUCGCCCCCAUGUACUACCGCGGCGCCGCGGCAGCCGUCGUGGUGUACGACGUCACAGACCGCCCUUCGUUUGAGAAGGCUAGGAGUUGGGUCACCGAGCUCCAGCAGCAGGCGUCCCCGGGCAUCGUGGUGGCGCUCGCCGCGAACAAGGUCGACCUCGUCGACGAGCGCGUCGUCGAGGAGCGCGAGGGCGCCCAGUACGCCCAGGAGCAAGGCCUGCUAUACUUUGAGACCUCCGCCAAGACCAACAGCAACGUGACCGAGCUCUUCCAGGAGCUGGCGGCGUCGAUCCCGAAGCAAGCGCCGCCGCAGCGCCCGCAAGGCGACGUCGAUCUGUCGGCCGAGCCGGGCGCUGGCGGCGGGGCGGGCGGCCCGAAGCCUGCGUCUGCGUGCUGUGCGUGA